AUGCCGCCAAAUGCUCGGGAAAAUGAAACGACUCCACUGUUGGUGGAUAGAAAUAAUAACGAAACGAAUGAAUUAAGUCUACGUUUGGAAACUACCAAGAAGGAUUCGAAGCUACCGUAUGGUUCUGUCGCCCAGUGGCAGAAAAUACUACGCUACGAUCCACUUCAGCACAGGAACAUUGAAAAUCCAACGACAAACCUGGAAACACUUAUCCACAUUCUGAACGGAAAUCUUGGAACAGGAAUUCUGGCAAUGCCAGAAGCCUUCAAAAAUUCCGGUCUUUACGUCGGUUUGCUCGGAACGUUAUCGAUGGGCGUAGUCUGUACUCACAGUAUGCACAUUCUGGUGAAGUGCGCCCAUGAGCUGUGCUGUAGACACGAAGUUCCGCUGCUCUCUUUCGCGGAAGUCGGUCAAUAUGCCGUCCUGUCAGGUCCAAAUUGCCUGCAACGAUUCUCAUCCUUUGUAAAACUUCUCAUCAACUGCUUCCUGAUUCUGAUGCAGCUGGGAUUCUGCUGUGUGUACUACCUUUUCGUAGCUGUCAACAUUCAAGCAUUCCUGGAAUCCGUGGGCAUCAAAACGGAAGUCCUAACAGUCCUUACCGCCUUAUUCGUACCUCUAGUUGCCCUCAACAUGGUUCGAAGUCUGAAGUACCUUACGCCCACAUCUCUAGUGGCCUCAGUGCUAGCGAUAUCCGGUUUGACAAUCGCCUUCACGUUCCUUCUAAAAGAUCUCCCCCAUAGCUCCUCAGUAGCCCCAGUAACCUCAUCCUGGGGAACCCUGCCGAUGUAUCUGGGGACUGCAAUGUAUGCAUUUGAAGGUAUCGGCGUAAUCCUCCCCUUAGAGAAUAAUAUGAAAUCUCCGAAAGAUUUUCGGGCCUGGAAUGGAGUGUUGAACACAGGGAUGACCAUUGUGGUGUGUCUGUUUGCCGCUACUGGAUUCUAUGGAUAUUUGAAGUACGGAGAAGAAACACAAGGAAGCGUAACGCUCAAUCUGCCGAAUGAUGACUUCUUGGCAGAGGUCGUGCGUCUCAUGAUGGCCGUAGCCGUGUUCACAUCCUACGCUCUGCAGUUCUACGUUCCUAUGAGUAUCCUCGGACCUGCGAUACAGGGAAGUUUCCAGAGUCCGGAAGCACAGAAUCUAGCCGAGUAUGGUACCCGUAUAGCACUCAUAUUCAUAACUUUCAUCCUAGCGGCCAUCAUCCCGAAUCUGGGUCUCUUCAUCUCCCUGGUUGGAGCCCUCAGUUCAUCAACGUUGGAUUUGAUAUUUCCACCGAUGAUUGAAAUUUUGGUGUUCUGGCCUGGCCGCCAAUAUGGUCGAUGGAAUUGGAUCCUGUGGAAGGAUUUGGCCAUCGCAGGACUAGGCCUGGUAGGGUUCCUCGUUGGAACCAGUACCAGUUUGGUGCAAAUUGCUGGAGAAUGGAGGUAG